AUCGGACCAUCAGAGAAGAAGGUUCGCGGCCAUGGCGGAAGAGGCGAAGAGCGAAGGCCCAAGUUGGCGGAGAGCCCUUCCAAGGCGGCGGAGGAGAGCUCCGGCGAGGCCAAGGCGGCGGCGGGGGGUGUCUUCCCCUCCAUCUCCCUCAACAUCUGGCCCCCGCAGCGGACCCGGGAGGCGGUGAUCCAGCGCCUCGUCCAGACCCUCUCCACCGAAUCUGUCCUCUCUAAGCGCUACGGCGUCCUGUCCGCCUCCGACGCCUCCGACGCUGCUCGCCGCAUCGAGGAGGAGGGCUUCGCUACCGCCUCCGGCGGCGGCAGCGCCGCGUCCGUGGACGACGGGAUCGAAAUUCUCCAGAUCUACUCCAAGGAGAUCAGCAAGCGGAUGCUCGAGACCGUCAAGGGGAAGGCGUCGUCGGCCUCCGGGUCCGCCCCGGAGGUCUCUCCUCCUUCCUCCGAUGGCGGCGCCGCCGUGGAUAUUGCUCCCUCGACCGCGCCCGGUGAGGAAAGAUCCGACUCUUCGCCUGCUUGACUGCACUUCGAUUUAAAAUAAUGUGAUGGUAUCGCCCUUGUUCUGCUUACUGGAAUCUUGAUCUGGAUGAAAUGGAUUUGGUUAUCUGCUAGGUGUUCUUGCAGAGGGAUCGGUCUUUCCAUAUAUCUCUAGGUUUUAAAGAUUGAAUCAGAUAGUUUGUUGUCGUUGUUGGUGUAUGAUGAUCUGUGGGAUAUGGUACCUGGUAUAUUAUAUUUUCAGCACUCUGGAAUACUGGAGUAAUUGCUUUGUAUUAUACUUAACUCUCUGAUUCCAGUAGAAAUCUCAACAUUACUUUGGAGGA